CAGAGUAAGACAAGUCACAGAGUAAGCAGGGGAAGGGAGAGAGACAGACACCGACAGACAGACAGAAAGAACUGGUAGGAGAGAGAGAGAGGCAGAGGCAGAGGAGGACAGACAGAGGGUUAACACUGAACCACACAGAGAAGCAGCAGCGAGGGAGACAGACAGAGACCAUGUCCACUGUAGAGCGGCUGCAGCAGUUGGAGCGGCUGAUGGUGCGGGUUGCGCCUGGGCUUGGCGAGCUGGGUGCCGGCCUGAGUGUAGAGACCCUGCUGGACCUCCUGCUCUGUCUCUACUACGAGUUCAGCAGCUCCCCGCUCCGUAAAGACUCAAACAUCGCCGGCUUCCUGCAAUGGGUCAGUCCCUUCGCCACGAAGCUCAAGGAGAUGCGCCUCCAACGAGACGACUUCGAGAUCCUGAAGGUCAUCGGGCGCGGGGCUUUCGGUGAGGUUGCUGUGGUAAAACUAAAGAAUUCGGAGCAAGUCUACGCGAUGAAAAUCCUUCACAAAUGGGAGAUGUUGAAGAGAGCGGAGACAGCCUGUUUCCGGGAAGAGAGAGAUAUCCUGGUGAAAGGAGACAACCAGUGGAUCACUACACUGCAUUACGCCUUCCAGGAUGAGCAGUACCUGUACCUGGUCAUGGACUAUUACAUAGGGGGUGACCUGCUGACCCUGCUCAGUAAAUUUGAGGAUCGGCUUCCUGAAGAUAUGGCUCGUUUCUAUGUCGCAGAAAUGGUGUUGGCCAUCCAUUCAAUCCAUCAGCUCAACUAUGUACACAGAGACAUCAAACCAGACAAUGUUUUAAUUGAUAUGAAUGGACAUGUCAGGUUGGCCGACUUUGGAUCCUGUCUCCAGCUCCGUCAGGACGGGACAGUCGAAACCUCGGUGGCCGUGGGAACGCCGGAUUACAUCUCCCCGGAGAUCCUGCAGGCGAUGGAGGACGGCAAGGGCAAGUACGGUUUGGAGUGUGACUGGUGGUCCCUGGGGGUCUGUAUGUAUGAGCUGCUGUUUGGAGAGACCCCUUUCUACGCAGAGUCCCUGGUGGAGACUUACGGCAAAAUCAUGAACCACAAGGACAAGCUGACAUUCCCGCCGGAUGUCAGUGAUGUGUCAGAGGCUGCCCGGGACCUGAUCGCCAGGCUGGUCUGCAGCAAGGACAAGCGCCUGGGCCAGGCGGGCAUCGGCGACCUGCAGGAGCACCCGUUCUUCGCCGGCAUCGACUGGCACCGCAUCCGCGACCUCCCCCCACCCUACAUCCCUGAGGUCACCAGCCCCUCCGACACAUCCAACUUCGACGUGGACGAUGAUGUGCUCAAGACGGCGGACUCAGCCCCUCCUCCCAGCCGAGGUGCUUUUUCUGGACUCCACCUUCCCUUUGUUGGAUUCACCUACACCUCCAACUGCUCACUGUCUGACCGGGGUUGUUUGAAGGGCAGCCAGGGCCCUACGUCACUGGACAGUCGGGAAACCGAAGCAUUUGAGAAGAAGAUAAAGCAGCUGGAGAUUGACAAGAGGGAACUGAACUGUAAACUUCAAGAAUCUCUCCAGAAAAUUUCUGCUGGUCACAGCAGCUCAGGAGCUGCUGGUAAAGAAUCAGAAAUCAAAGGUUUGAAGGAGGAAAUGCAGAUCCUGCAAAACAAACUGGCAGAGAUCCAACUGGAUAAUGAGGAACAAGCGAAGAGGAGGAACGAGGUUGAGAACCAUCAGCUCAGGGCCUUGGAGAAGCAGCUGAAGGCUCUCAAACAGGAGAAAGAGGACAUCAAUAAGGAUCUGGUUGAGGCCCGGGAGCAGCUAACCACUCGGAGCCGCGAGCUGCGUGAGGCGCAGGUCAAGCGCCAGAGGGCAGUUGAGGAGGCCCAGGAAGGGGAGGAGCGUUACUCCCAGCUCCGUUCGCAAAAGCUGAAGCUGUCCCGAGAGCUACGCGACCGGGAGGAGGAGAUGGAGGUGGUGAUGGAGAAAGUAGAGAGCCUGCGGCAGGAGCUGAGCAGGGCGGACAAGAGCAAGAUGGAGCUGGAAGCGAAGAUGGAGGAGGAGUUGCUGGAGGCAGCGAGACAGCGCAAACUGUGGGAGCGCAGCGAGCAGAGGAGGAAACAGCUGGAGGAGGAGAUGGAGAGACUGAAGGCUGGAGGGGUCCCCGGCAGCCGGGGCCCUGACCCCGGCCAGGAGCUGAUGGUGGCCAAGGCGGACCUGGAGCAGAAGGUGCUGGCGUGCGAGGAGGAGCUGGCGAAGCGGGAGAGCGUGCAUGCGGCCGACCUGAAGGCCCUGCGCGAGCGGCUGGCCGACUCAGAGAGCCGGCAGCAACGGCUGGAGAGGGAACUGUCGGCAGGCAGGGAGCGGCUGGAGAAAGCACGCAGCGAAAGGCAGUUAGAGCAUGAGGAAACCCUGAUGGAGGUGCGGCUGGCCCAUGAGCAGGAGAAGAGUCUGCUGCGGGAGGAAAACCUAAAGUUGAGUGUGGAGCUGGAGCCGCUCAUGGAACAGCUGGACAGGCUCCAGGCCAGCAACAAACAUCUGGAGGAAGACCUGCGGGCUCUGAAAGGCAGGGAAGAGACGGUGACACAGUGGGACACCCAGAUUGCGGAAAUCGUCCAGUGGGUGAGUGAAGAGAAGGAAGCUCGGGGAUAUCUUCAGACUCUGGCCACCAAGAUGACGGAGGAAUUGGAUUCGUUGAAAAGCAUGAGCAGCAAUGUCAAGGCAGCGGACACUCACUGGAAGGCUCGUCGACUUCAGAAAUUGGAAGCCUCAGCCAAACUGGAGCUACAGUCGGCGCUGGAUGCUGAGAUCCGGGUCAAACAAGCGCUGCAGGAACAGCUCAAUGAAGCCAAGGCCACAAACCUGGCCACAGAAUGCAAAUUACAGGAAAUGGAGAAGCAGAAUGAGUCUCUGAAGUUGGAAGUUGAGAAGCUCAAGGAGGAAGCGCAGACCAAGGUCCGAAAAGGUCUACGCCAAGAUUCCUUCUUCUCGUUUCUGUCUCCACUGUCGUUCGAGUCGCUGGAAUUUCCCACUACAUCACGGCACUCUUCGGACAGUAGGAAGUCUCCAGGAAGUGUGGUAUCUCAGCCCCAGAGUCCGGCCCUUCAAGGCGGAGAGGUGGUAGACUCAAACACGAAACCUCUGUCUCCUAGAAAGGUGGUGAAGAAACCCACGUCUCCUCCACCAGUCAGCCCUCCUGUGCCCAAGCCCACACCUCACCAGUUCAAGCUGAAAACCUUUAACAUCCCCACAAAAUGCAUGCGAUGUACAUCACUCAUGAUUGGUCUGGCUCGACAAGGCUUCAUCUGUGAAGUCUGUAACUUUGUUUGCCACUCAGCCUGCUCUGCUGAGGCGCUCAUCUGUCCAACGCCCCGCGAGCAAAUUCGGUCGCUGGGAAUCGACGCAAUCAAAGGAACCGGAACCGCAUUCGAGGGCCUGGUGUCGAUCCCGAAGCCAACAGGGGUGAAGAAGGGCUGGCAUCGGGCCCAUGCUGUCCUCUGCGACUUCAAGAUCUUCCUCUACGAGACAGCGGAGUCGAGGGGCUCACAGGCCAGUGCCACUGUCACUCACGUCUUCGACCUGCGGGAUGAAGAAUUCUCUGUGAGCUCGGUGUUCUUCUCGGACGUGAUUCACGCCAACAAGAAGGAUGUUCCCUGUAUAUUCAGGAUUACGGCACCCCAGCUGACGGUCCCGAGCACCAAGGCCUCGCUCCUGGUGCUGGCCGAGAACGAGAGCGAGAAGAAGAAGUGGGUGACGGUCAUCAACGAGCUGGUUGCCAUCUGCAAGCAGAGUGGCUUCAAGGAGCGGCCAGCAGUGUGCCUCAAGGAGGCGUACGACAACACACUGCCACUAAUCCGCAACACGCUGACCGCUGCCAUCCUAGACAAGGAACGACUCGCCUUGGGUACUGAUGACGGACUCUUCCUCAUCGAUGUGACUAAAAACGAAAUCAUUCUGCUGGGUGACAGUAAGCGGGUCCAUCAACUCGAGCUGGUGCCCAGAGCCAACCUGCUUGCGGUGCUGUCCGGCAGGAGCCGGAACUUGCGUGUCUACACCUGGGAGGACCUGCAGAACCCAGAGGCGACCGGGGCGAAGGUGUCGGAGGCCCGGGGCACUCAGAUGAUAGCCACAGGUGGCAUGAGCCAGGGGAGGACUACUGGCUGGCUGUGCACAGCCGCCAAGCGACACGUGGCCUGUUACCUGCUGGGCGCUGGCAAGCAGCAGCACAAACGGAUACGGGACUUCCAGGCCCCGGGGCCUGUGCAGUGGAUGGGGGUCUUCAAGGAGCGUCUGUGCGUCGGCUACCCGUCCGGUUUCAGCCUGUACCCCUUGGCGGGCGAGGGACCCCCGAUGAACCUGGUGAGCUCAGAGGACCCAUCGUUGGCUUUCCUCGCCCAUGGGCAGAUGGAAGCCCUGUGUGCAGUGGCUGUCUCCGGCAACUUGUACCUUCUCUGCUUCAACACGGUUGGCGUGUACGUCAACGGGCAGGGUCAGAGGUCGAGGCAGCAGGAGCUGAUGUGGCCGGCGCAGCCUGUUGCUGCUGCUUGUCACGGGCCACAACUGACAGUGUACAGCGAGAAUGCUGUGGAUGUGUUUGACGUGCAGACGGCCGAGUGGAUUCAGACAAUCCCCCUGAAGAAAGUCCGCCCCCUAAACCCGAACGGGUCACUGAACCUCUCAGCGAGUGAGCCAUUCCGAUUAAUCUACCUACGGAAUAAGGAAGCAGAGACCGAUGAUUUCAUCAUCCCCGAGACCACGGGUAACAGAAGGCGCCAGAUGUUCCGCACCAAAAGCAAAAGGUGUUUUGCCUUCCGAAUCUCGGAGGAGGAACGGAUGCAACAGUGGAGGGAGAUGCUGAAAAAUCCCCAGAGGAGGUCCAAGUUAAUCUCCAACCCAACCAACUUCAACCACCUGGUGCACGUGGGUCCUGGGCAAGGCAUGCAGAAUGUCCGAGACCUGCCCUCGACAAAAAGUUCACCAGAAGAAAGGAGUCAGGCACCUUUUGGCCUUCCCACCUUCCGACAUCGCAGCAACACAGAGUCAGGCUUCCUGAGUGAUAAAAAGACCUCCAGAGAUUCAGCACUUGGGUCUUCUAGCAGUCGGCUGCCACGGAAACAGGUUUCCUCAGACUCACUGGCGAAUUUUAAUCCCGCUCAUCUCUGAGGCCCAGUCUACUGCAGCUCUAUAGGGGUGGUUCCCCAUCGGUCAUCCAUCCGAGGUGUGGGAGACAGGACCCGCUGAACACUUCCAGGACUCAUCGCGGGACCUUUCCCGGCUCCCAUCCUUCUGAGAAAACUCAAUAGUGCCGGUCUGUGGGACGUCUCUGCUCUCUGAACAUUGACUGAACGUUUUUUUUUCUGGAACGUCCCGCCCGCCCUCAGCAGCGACUCCAAGAUCUGCCGUCAGCUCCCUCUCCCUUCAACACUUGGAGGCUGACUGAUGUCGUCCUCGAAGACCAAGUCCUCCCACAACUUGUUUGUGCAACCACCUCGACCCACGCGAGAGUGCUUGGACAGGAAUGUCCCAGGGUCGCGUUCCCAAUUGGCACCUUACGUGGGGUCAGUCGUGGCCAUAGCUGCAGGAAGGAGUGGGUCGGUGGUCUGUGACUGCGGUUCCCACACGUACACAAGGACGGGGACUGGGAGUGGGGAGGGCAUGGGGUGCUCCCUCUGCUCUUGCUGCUGCCCGAAAGCCCCUGUGCUUCCAACAUUCUGAGUGAAGGCAGAUCGUCAGUCCUCGGGCUUAAGGCAGAGGGGGAAGCCGCUGCUAAACUGAGCGGGUCUCAACUUGGUCAGCCGGUUACUCUAGGCAGGCCCUCCUUCCUCCCUCUGCAUAGUCAGUGAGACAGCUAACGGCUGCCAGUAGGGGGGGGGGGGUGCCCCCUUUCCUCUGCUGCAGCUCCCAACCCCAAU